AUGACCAUCAUAUACCUGCGCUUCGCGACAAACCCCGCGUCCGUGAAAGAUGUUAUUCUCGUCACCACCGCCCUCCAAGACAUCAACCCUAAAUUGAACGACACUGCCCGUACCGCCGACAGCAUUACCUUCACCUCUCCAGACGAAAGAAUUGACAUCUACGGCAAUAUCUUCGAGGAUUGGAAAUCGGCGACCCCUCCUGUCAUCGCGGCUUACAAAAUGCGGGGCGACUCGUAUCCGGUCCUGUCGGGUUUAUGA